AUGGCCACUUUGGACCACGCAUCUGAAGGGCCAGGGUCAAGAAUGCAUCACUUGUUCAAGACCUGUCCGGAUGUGACUUGUGGCCACACAGUCUCUUCACGUCUCCAUCAAAUCGAAAAAACACAGCGAGAUACUGGAUUUCAAAUCGCUGACAUUCACAGAUUCGAGGCGGUCGUUGAUGAACUGAAGAAGCAGAUCCGCAAAUUGGAUUUCGAGAACAAAGAUUUCCAAAAGGACAUCGCUUCUCUCGAACAGGUCAAUAAGGCGCACGAGCAGGAAAAGGACGGACAAACCAGAACUAUCGACAACUUGCAUACGACGCUUGCUGACUUGAGAAAGAAGCUUGCAAAAGCCGGGGAUGGAACGAAGCGGGAGAAACAAAGAAAAGAACACGAGAAUGCUUUAGCAAAAGCACACAAAGAAGGCGAGGCGAAUCGCAAAAAGUGUGAAGCCUUGAAGAAGGCGAGUGUGGAGUUGGAGAAGGACAACAGCGAGUUAAGGAAAUCGAGAGAUGAGGCUGCAAACAAAGCUCGGGAAUCUGAAAUCAAGAUUGAAGAACUCAUCGCAAUGACGGAAAAAGCAAGUGCUGUGGCCAAGAAGCGGUUGUUGGAAGAUGGACGGAAGAUCAAAGAGGCCGAACAACAGGCCGAGACUGGUAGGACGAAGAUUAUGGAUCUCGAAACCAAAUCCCUUCAGUUCGAACAACAAGCCGCCACUAAUGCAGCAACGAUGAAAAGACUGGAAAACCAGUUGAGCAAUGCUGGGAAAAAGGCCAGUACAGAUCAAAUGACGAUUGAGCAAUUGAAUACCCAACUUCUUGAUAUGAGUCAGAAGCGCUCUGCAGACGAGGCAAAGGUUAAGAGACUGGAGGCUCAAAUAUUUGAACAGACCGAACACCUCAACACUUUGAGGGAAGCUCUACAGGAAGAGAAGAACCGAAAUGAAAUCUUCAAGCAAGAGUCUGAAGACCACAAGCAGAAAACAACCGAUAUCCUCGCACAUGUUCAAGGCUAUAUUUUUGAGGCAAUCAACAGUCACAUACAAGAUCAUAAUCAGGAUCGAGAUCCGUUGAGAGGGCAAGGACAACCAGAGCAAACAGCAGGAUAUCAAAUUCAAUCGCCAGACACCGGAUACGAAAGCUCUUUGCACACAAACACUGCUGGAUCCACCCCGAUCGCGCAUGUGGAGAGUAAACCAACAUCGCGGGAAAACCACGCUCAGUUGAGACCUUAUUCACCUGAAGGAGGUGAGACUGAUCGGUCUCGAAUUGCAUUUACUCCCAGACAGCAAAUCAUGCUCGCAGAGCCCCGGAGAGAGCGAGAGAUACCGCCAUUCACACUUCCACCUCCCAAGUCAAGCCCUGUGGCCGGCACGAAUACGCAAGACCUACGAAAUGACCCGGCCCUCAAAUCCACCCCUCCGCGUGGACCUCGACGAAGCACGUCGCAACACCCAGAUGGGGAGAACAGAGGUACGCCACGAAGACGCCAGGAUUCUGGGUCGCAACGUGGUUGGGAUUCGUACAGACCAGGCGAUUCAUGA